CUGGCUCGGCGCCUCGGCCCCCGCCCGCACGGACAGCGCCGCGGAAAGAACCAACAUGCAAAAAGGAAGGAAAACCAAAACUGCUCUUUUGGCAGAAAAGCAUUGGCUUUCAGCUCCUUUCAUAUGUUUUUGUUUUGCUUCGUAAUGGGAGGAGCAGGAUUCUUUGAAUCAUUGAGUCAAAAUUUGGGCAGCAUUGGCUGAAGAUGAGAUGAAAGAAGACUUGAAUAUAUGUCGAUACUCCCUGACUGUUAAUUCAGACAAACUUUUUACUAACGGAGGGGAAUAGUGGUUAAAAGCACCACGGACUCAUUUAAAGGAGCUGAUGAAUGAUUUCUGCCCUUUUUCUUUUUUUUUUUUCUUUUUUUUUUUUUUUUUCUUUUUUUUCUCACUCUCCCACGAGUCCUAAGAAAAAGAUAAAGAAUGUGUAUACAAACUGAGAUAAGGGGAAGGCUGAAGAAAGUAGCUUCCAUUUUUGAAUCUUUUUCAAGUGCUGUAAAUUCCUUAAAUAAUUAAAUUCACCAAUUCACCAUUCAAUUGUUUUGAAUAAAUUAUAUAUUUUUUUUUGUGAUCAGUGUUUUUUUUUUGUUUGUUUUGUUUUGCUUUUGUUUUUGUAUUUUUUUUUCUGUUUUAUUUUUUUGGUCAGUUCUAAAAGUGGAAUUUGACCUGAUUGAAAACUUUAACACAGAAAACGUGUGGCUCUGAUUCCUGUUUUCAAAUGGAGGUUUUCAAGUUACCAAGAGAUAGCAUUCCAGUUUCUUCUUGUGUCUUGUCAUCCUGUGUUUGUAUGCAUAUCUUGGAGAUUUUACUUUUUCCCUGGUUUUAGUAUACAUGCUGUGGUGUUGUAUUUGAGAAAAGUGUGAACAGAAGGCACCUGAGAUUUAAUUUCUUGGCAGAUUCGUUGACUCGUUAUUCCAGUGUCAUAGUUCACAUUACAAGUAAUCCGAGUAACUGUUAGAAUGUGCAGUAAAACUAAGUCUUUUGUCUUAAGAAAAAAAAAAAAAAAAGCCUUAAGAUGUUCAUGUUUAUACUGACUGGAUCAAAGCUUGAUAUCUGAAUGUUAUGUUUUGUUAGGAAAUGCAUGCCGGGGGAAGAGGAGCUGCUUAAUGGAUCAUGGCUCUGAUGCUUACAGGGCAUACCUUAUUUCUAGCAUUAAUGAUGUUUGCUGUCUUCACUUUUGAAGAAUCUGUAAGCAAUUACUCUGAUUGGGUGACUUUUAUGGAAAAUAUAGAUCAAUAUGAGAAAGAGAAUCUUGGUAGUCUUGGUGCUGAGCAGAAGCUGAAAAAAGCAGUUCUUCAUCCAAGCUUGUAUUUUGAUGCUGAAGAUGUCCAUGUGUUGAGGCAGAAAGCUCACACAAGCCAUUCACACAUAUUCAGAACCAUCAGGAGUGCAGUGACCGUUAUGUUAUCCAACCCAUUGUACUACCUACCUCCACCCAAACAUGUUGAUUUUGCUGCAAAGUGGAAUGAGGUUUACGGUAACAAUCUGCCACCUCUAGCAUUUUAUUGUUUGCUUUGCCCUGAAGAUAAAGCUGCAUUGGAUUUUACUGUGGAGUAUAUGGACAGAAUGGCUGCUUACAAGAACUGGUUGGUUGAGAGCGCGCCUGGUGAUGAAGUCCCACUUGGCCACUCCCUAACAGGAUUUGCCACUGCUUAUGACUUCCUCUAUAAUUCACUGGAAAAUGUGAGAAGACAAAAAUACCUGGAGAAGAUACGGUCUGCAAGCAAGGAAAUGUUUGAGUACUCAAAGGUUCGUUCCUGGGGAAAGCAGCUUCUUCACAAUCACCAAGCAACCAACAUGCUCGCUUUGCUUACUGGAGCUUUAGUGACUGGUGUGGACAAUGGAUCUCAGGCAAAUAUUUGGAAACACACUGUUGUUGAUGUGAUGGAGAAAACAAUGUUUCUGCUCAGUCACAUUGUAGAUGGGUCUCUGGACGAGGGAGUAGCUUAUGGGAGUUACACUGCUAAGUCAAUAACACAGUAUGUUUUCCUGGCACAGCGACACUUUGGUAUUAACAACUUGGAAAAUAAUUGGCUCAAAAUGCACUUUUGGUUUUAUUAUGCCACCCUAUUACCAGGCUUUCAAAGGACUGUGGGGGUAGCAGAUUCUAAUUACAAUUGGUUUUAUGGUCCUGAGAGCCAGCUGGUUUUCUUGGAUAAGUUUGUCCUGAAGAAUGGAGCUGGCAACUGGCUGGCACAGCAAAUUAGAAAACACAGACCCAAAGAUGGACCAAUGGUGCCAUCCACUGCACAGCGGUGGAGCACUCUGCACACCGAGUUUAUAUGGUACUCUGCUGAAAUCACUCCUCAACCACCUCCUGACUACGGCACUGCUAAAAUGCACGUGUUUCCUAACUGGGGAGUUGUUACUUAUGGGGCUGGAUUGCCAAGCAGUCAGACAAACACGUUUGUGUCCUUCAAGUCUGGAAAGCUUGGUGGACGAGCUGUUUAUGAUAUCGUCCACUUUCAACCAUAUGCCUGGAUUGAUGGAUGGAGAAGUUUUAAUCCUGGACAUGAGCAUCCAGAUCAGAACUCUUUCACUUUUGCUCCCAAUGGGCAGGUGUUUGUAUCUGAGGCUCUCUAUGGACCUAAACUCAGCCACCUGAACAAUGUCUUGGUGUUUGCCCCAUCUCCUACGAGCCAGUGCAAUCAGCCUUGGGAGGGACAGCUUGGUGAAUGUGCCCAGUGGCUGAAGUGGAUUGGUCAUGAGGUUGGAGACUCAGCUGGGGAAAUUAUAACAGCCUCCCAGUCUGGGGACAUGAUGUUUGUGAGUGGGGAGGCAGUGUCUGCUUACACAUCAGCAAUGAAAUUGAAAAGUGUGUAUCGCAUUUUGCUGCUUUUAAAUUCUCAGACCUUGUUAGUAGUAGACCACAUCGAGAAGGAGGCAGACUCUCCUGUUAAUUCAGUCAGUGCCUUUUUUCAUAAUCUUGACAUUGAUUUUAAAUAUAUACCUUAUAAAUUUAAGAACAACUACAAUGGAGCUAUGAUGGAUGUGUGGGAUGCCCACUACAAGAUGUUUUGGUUUGAUCAUCAUGGGAGUAGUCCUGUUGCUAGGAUACAAGAGGCAGAACAAGCUGCUGAAUUCAAAAAGCGAUGGACUCAGUUUGUAAAUGUUACCUUUCCGAUGAAAAGCACUCUUACAAGGAUUGUUUACCUUUUCUAUGGCCCUUAUGUCAAUGUUUCUAACUGCAGACUCAUUGAUAAUGUAAAGUCUGGAUUUCAGAUAUCACUUAGUGUCAACGGCACCGAAAAUACUGUUUCUGUUGUGACUGAUCAUCAGAAUUUAAAGGCCAGGUUUGAUUACUUGGGAUUUGGUGGUUUUGCCAAAGUUGUUCAUGAAAACAAAGUGACUAAGUUUGGUCUAGGUACUGAAUCUGUGGAAAAAUUGAUUAAAAAUAAUAGGGCAGUUUUGCCAUUUGGAUUCAAAGUGAACAUAAUUGCAGGGUUAAUUUUAGGUGUUAGUUUAGUCAUACUGGCCUUUCAGUGGCGGUUUUACAUAUCCUUCGGUAAAAUGUUGCGUUGGAUCCUGAUACUGGUUAUUGCACUGUGGCUUAUUGAACUGGUUGAUGUAUGGAGCAUGUGUACUCAGCCAAUCUGUGCAAAAUGGAGCAGUGACUUGACAAGGCUAGAACACGAUGAAGGCAAUAAAGCCAAACAAUUAGAAGGGACUCCCAUUGUUUUUCCAGAUGUUAUAAUUACUUCACUUCCCGCUUCUGGUGCAGAAAUUUUAAAACAGCUGUUCUUUAACAGCAGUGACUUCCUAUAUAUGAGGAUACCUACAGCCUAUCUAGAAAUUCCUGAGAGCGAAUUUGAAAUUGAUUCUUUUGUAGAUCCAUGUGAAUGGAAGGCUUCUGAUGUUCAGAAUGGGCAUUUCCAUCUUCUCAAGGGAUGGCUCCAGUCUCUAGUUCGAGACACAAAAUUACAUUUACAAAACAUUCAGUUAUAUGAAGCCAGCAGAAGUAAAAUUACUCAGCAUUCUGCCAUAAGCAAGGACAAAAAGAAAAGAUCCAAAAAGAGAGAAUCUCUGUCGGAGCAAAGAAGUAGGGCAAGAGUGAGUCAAGAUAAAGAUGCUGAAUAUAUUAGGGAAUUGAGGAGACACCUUGUUUAUUAUCCUAAUGCACGACCUGUGCUUAGUUUAAGUAGUGGGAGCUGGACGUUAAAGCUUCCCUUCUUUCAGGAAAUCCUAGGACCAUCAAUGAGAGCAUUAUAUGUAGUAAGAGACCCACGGGCAUGGAUAUAUUCAAUGCUGUACAAAAAUAAGCCAAGCCUUUACUCUUUGAAAAAGGUACCACAGAGCUUAUCUGCGAUGUUUAAAUGGGAAAAUGGUAAAGGAAAAUGUAGUAUCAAUGAAGGCUAUGCCUUUGAAUACGAAUCAUUAAGAAAAGAAUUUGCAAACUCUAAUUCAAAUGCUGUUUCUGUGUUGUCCCAUUUAUGGCUAGCAAACACAGCAGCAGCACUGAGAAUAAAUGGAGACCUGCUGCCAACAAAUUAUCUGAUGGUCAAGUUUGAAGAUAUUGUGAGCUUUCCUCAGAAGACAACUGAAACAAUUUUUGCCUUUCUUGGUAUUCCUCUUCCUCCUGCUAGCUUAAACCAAAUAUUAUUUGCCACUUCCACCAGUCUUUUCUAUCUUCCUUAUGAGGGGGAAAUUUCACCAAGUAGCAUUCAUGCCUGGAAGAGAAACAUGCCCAAGAAAGAAAUUAAACUGAUUGAAGAUACCUGUUUUUCUCUAAUGGAACACUUAGGAUACCCAAAAUUUGUAGAAUAAACGCUGCUGGUCAGCAGAAAUUUGCACUAGUCAUCUCUGACUCCCAAUUUGUGGAUAAAUAUUAGAGAAGUUUGUUUAUUCUUGUAAAAUGUGUACAGUCUGCUACUUUCAGAGAAAUUAUUUUAAGAAAAAUAUAGUUGUUCUUGAAGGUGUGAUUUUUGUUAUUAUUAUUUUUAAACUUG